UCGUUAAGAGGUAAUUUGCGUGCGCGGAUUAGAAGUGAAAACUAGUUUUUAAAGUGAAAUUCAUAACCUUAUAUGUCAUUUUAUAUAUUUGUAUGUAUGUAGAUACCAAUAAUAAUUUUUUAUUAAACGUAUAAAAAUAUACACAAAAAAUACGGUUUUUUUUCUUUAUGCUAACUACUAACAAAUUAUAUUUAAAAAAAUUUUACGAUUAAAAAGUAAAAACUAAUUUUUGAAUAGAAAUUUUUAAAUUUCAAUAAGGCAAUUAUUGGAAUAGAAAAGUGCCAACUAUUUAUAUAUACAUAAAAAAAAAAAAAAAAACAAAAUACCAAAUUGCUUAUUAGAUUUAAUAAAACUUGUAAAAUUUUUCUUUUACCCUGUGGAUUAUUAAAAUAUAAAUACAUUCAAUCUGGAUUUAGGAUACUACGAGGCUCAUAGAGGUAAUAAACAACGACACGAAUUUUGGCAACGUUCAACACAUCUUCACACACGAAAGCAAAAUAAAAACAAUUACAUAUAACACAAGUGGAAUUUGAAUGGAUUUAUUAAAAUAUUGAAAGAAUAGUAUCAAAUGAAUUAAAAUAAUCAAAAAAUUAAUACAAAAAAAAAUCAUCUAUUGAUUUUGUUUGUUAGUUUGUUUUAGUUCAUUGUAAAUAUAAGAGAUAUGUUUCAGCUAACAUCUCAAUAUGAACCAGGUGCAUAUUCGCAAUUACAAACACGCUCUGGUAGUUCUUCCAACUUGACAUCACAACGUGAUGGAAUCGCAAGAUUCGAACAAGAACGUAUCAAAACAUUACAAGAAGAACGUCUACAUAUACAAAAGAAAACUUUUACAAAAUGGAUGAAUUCAUUUUUAAUAAAGGCCAAAAUGGAGGUCGAAGAUCUAUUUACCGAUUUAGCGGAUGGCAUAAAAUUAUUAAAACUUUUGGAAAUAAUUUCAUCAGAAAAAUUGGGUAAACCAAAUAAUGGUCGUAUGCGAGUCCAUAAAAUAGAAAAUGUUAACAAAAGUUUAGCAUUUCUUCAUACCAAGGUUCGAUUAGAAUCAAUUGGUGCUGAAGAUAUUGUAGACGGCAAUAAAAGAUUAAUCUUAGGUCUAAUAUGGACAAUUAUUUUACGAUUUCAAAUUCAAGAAAUUGAAAUCGAUGUGGAUGAGGAAAAUGAAUCAUCAGAAAAACGUUCUGCUAAAGAUGCAUUAUUACUUUGGUGUCAACGUAAAACACAUGGUUAUCCUGGUGUUAAUAUACAAGAUUUUACAUCAUCAUGGCGUUCUGGUUUAGGAUUUAAUGCAUUAAUACAUUCACAUCGACCAGAUUUGUUUGAAUACAAUAGUCUAUUACAUCAAAAAAAUAUAGAUAAUUUAAAUCAUGCAUUUGAUACAGCAAAUAGCGAUUUAGGUAUACCAAGAUUAUUAGAUGCUGAAGAUGUAGACACAGUUAGACCGGAUGAAAAAUCAAUUUUAACUUAUGUUGCUUCAUAUUAUCACACAUUUGCCCGCAUGAAAAAUGAACAAAAAAGUGGGAAACGUAUAGCCAAUAUUGUUGGGCAAUUAAUGGAUGCUGAUAAAAAGAAAGCUCAAUAUGAGAGAUUAACGACGAGUCUAUUGAGUUGGAUAAGAACAAAAACGAUGGAAUUAAAAAAACGAGAUUUUCCAAAUUCGUUGGAGGGAAUCCAAAAAGAAUUGUUAGCUUUUACAAAAUACCGUACAAAUGAAAAACCGCCCAAAUAUAAGGAACGAAGUGAAAUCGAAGCUUUAUAUUUUACUAUAAACACAUUAUUAAAGUCACUUAAUCAACCACAAUAUACCCCACAAGAUGGACAGUUAGUAAAUGAUAUAGAAAAAGCUUGGCAACUUUUAGAAUACGCUGAACAUAGUCGAGAAGUGGCAUUAAGAGAAGAAUUGUUAAGGCAAGAAAAAUUAGAACAAUUAAAUUAUAAAUUUGAAAAAAAAUCUGUUCUUCGUGAGGGUUACUUAAAAGAAAUGAUACAGGUUUUAUCUGAUCCAAGAUAUUUAAGACAAGUUGAUGCAACUCUUAAAAAGCAUGAAGCUAUUUCAGCUGAUAUUUUAGCGCGUGUUGAACGAUUUAAUGAUUUAACGGCGAUGGCUAAUGAAUUAGAAAAAGAAAAUUAUCAUGAUAAGGAACGUGUUAAAAAACGAGAAGAGGAAGUAAUGGAAAAAUGGCGUAAAUUAUUGGAGCUUUUGGAAAAUCAUAAAAAAAAUUUGUCUUUAAUGAGUAAUUUAAUGAAUUUACUUAGAGAAAUUGCAACCACGUUGGAAUCUAUUAGGGAAAUGCAAACACAAUUUUCUUCUGAAGAUGUUGGCCCACAUUUAUUAGGUGUUGAAGGUCUUUUACAGGAACAUUCAUUGCUUGAAUUACAUGUCAAUGCAUUAGGUAAAAGUAUUAAAUUAUACGACAGGCAAGCACAGGCUUACAAAGAUUCAGAUCAAAAAGAUGUUCCGUUAUUGAUGCAACGUUUAGACGAAUUACAUAAGGCUUAUGAAAUUUUGCAGGCACUAUGCGCAAAAAGAAGGGCCCGAUUAGAAGAAGCAAGACAUUUUUAUCAAUUUUUGGAAGAUUACGACAACGAAGAAGGAUGGUUGGUUGAUAAGCAACGAAUAUGUAAAACUGGAAUAACAGCAAAAGAUUUACGCGCAGUGUUGUCUCUACAACAAAAACAUAAAGCAUUAGAAGAUGAAAUCAAAGUACGUAAACCUAAAUCUCUUCAGAUGGCUGACACUGGUAAAAAAUUAAUUAAUGAUAAGCACCCCAGAUCGCCAGAAGUUAAGUCUAGGAUAGAUUCUUUAGCCGAACAUUGGAAAGCCUUGGAAGAUUUGGUUGAAUUACGGAAACGUCAAUUAGAUGAUGCAGCUGAAGCAUAUCAAUUUUAUACUGACGCUAAUGAAGCCGAAUCCUGGUUAAAUGAAAAAAUGGCGUUAGUAAAUUCCAACGAUUAUGGAUCUGAUGAACCUUCAGCUCAAGCUUUAUUACAAAGACAUCGUGAUUUGCAAGGGGAGCUAAACGCAUAUUCUGGAGAUAUUUUGAAUUUGAAUCAACAAGCUGAGAAAUUAAUAAAAGCCGGAAUAUGUACACUUGAAUUAUCAGCAGAACCUGAACCUGUACCUGAAAUGGAACAAGAGGAAUGGGUGAACGAAACGCGUUUGGUACCGAAGGAAGUUUGGGAAGAAGAAGCUGUCGAGAGAUUGGAACACAGAAAGGUUACAGAACUGAAGCUGUUACCUCAUGUCAAAGCAAUGUAUUCUUUUGACGGACAGGGGAUGAAAAUGGAAAAAGGAGAAGUUAUGGUUUUGAAAAAUAAAACGAAUGCAGAUUGGUGGUGUGUUCGAAAGGAAACCGGUGUUGAAGGAUUUGUACCGGCUAAUUAUGUUCGAGAAAUUGAAGCAAGGCAAGUACCUUGCAUUGUGCCAAAAGCUGAAAAAGUUAAAGUUAUUCAAAAAGUUAAGAAAACCAUACUAGUCCGCCAAACAGUUCCUGUUAAACGUAUAAAACCGGCCAGCAUUGCUCAAAUCAAACCAUUAGUCAAACGACAAACUUCAACAAGUGGUAUAAAUGAGAAUGCUGAUAGCGUAGAAAAAAGACAGAAACGAAUUAAUCAAACGUAUGACCAGCUUCAGGAUAUGGCCCAAAAGCGCCACGCUCUCCUUGAAGAUUCUAUUCGUCUUUUUGCCUUUUAUAGAGAAUGCGAUGAUUUUGAAAAGUGGAUGAAGGAAAAGGAAAAAUUCAUAAAAGCUGAUGAUGCUGAUAAAGUUGACAAUGCGAGAAAAAAAUUUGAAAAAUUCCUUACCGAUCUGUCAGCCGCAUCGAAACGUAUUGAAGAAAUUGAUAAAGCCGUAGAUAAAUUUACACGUCAGGGGCAUUCUCAAAUGGAUAAAAUCAAAGCGAGACAAAAACAAAUCCAUCAAAUAUGGCAGCGGUUAAAUGCAGCUAAAGCUCAAAAAGAAAAAAGCUUAGAAGGAGCAUCAAGUGUUGAGUUGUUCAAUAGAACUUGUGAUGAAGCUAAAGUAUGGAUGAGCGAAAAAAUGCUACAAUUAGACACAGCAGUAAUAAGUCCUGACUUAAAAACAGUUCAAGCUUUACAAAGAAGACAUCAGAAUUUAGAAAGAGAACUUGCUCCGGUUGAAGAAAAAGUGAAUAGAGUUCAAUUUUUAGGAAAUUCAGUAAAAAAUGCAUAUCCUUCAGAAAGAGCCAAUGUUACAGCACGACAACAGGAAGUACAGGAAAUGUGGAAACAAAUUCAUGGAAAAGCUACAGAACUUAAAAUAAGAAUAGAAAAUGCUGUAGGUCAACAAAUAUUUAAUAAUAGUUCUAAAACUCUACUUGCUUGGAUAGACUCUGUAAAAGAUCAACUAAAUGCUGAUGAUUCAGCCAGAGAUGUAGAAACAGCUACUAAAUUAUUGAAAAACCAUAAUGAACUUGGUGAUGACAUAAAAGCACAUGAUAAUGAUUUUGUAGAAAUCAUUAAUUUAGGAGAACAAUUAAGUGAUGGAAACUCUAACUUAGCUGAUGUUCAAAAAGUUAUGGAUCGUCUGAAAGCCGAAAAGGAAGCCAUAAAUCGUGGUUGGAUAGAAAAACAAAAAUGGCUUCAACAAUGCGUCGAGUUGCAAAUUUUUAACAGGGAAGCUGAUAAAAUAGAUGCGACAACUAAAGGGCACGAAUCGUUUUUGGAAUAUGAUACUUUAGGGAAUUCCUUAGAUGAAGUUGAGGCUAUAUUUAAAAGACAUAUUGAUUUUGAAAACAGUCUUAUGGCGCAAGAUAAAAUUUUGAAAGGAUUUUCUGAUCAUGCUGACAAAUUAAUCGUAAAUAACCAUUAUGAUUCGCCAUACAUUGGUGAAAGACGUGGACAGGUAUUGGGAAAGCGAACAAAUGUGAAAGAUCGUGCUUUUGACAGAAAAAGGUCCCUUCAAGCUUCAAAAGAUUUUCAAAAGUUUAUGGCUGAGGCUGAAGAUUUAGAUGCUUGGCUUAAUGAUAAAAUUCGAAUUGCUAGUGAUGAAAGCUAUAGGGAUCUUACAAAUUUGCCAAGAAAAUUGCAGAAACAUAAGGCAUUUGAAAGAGAACUUAGAGCUAACGAAGGUCAACUAAGAAAUAUUAAUAAGGAUGCAGAAGCAUUAAUAUUGGCUAAAAAUCGAGUUCCAGAAGUUGAAAAAGUCACCAAAGAUUUGAAUAAGAAAUGGAAAGAUCUUCUUCUAAUAUCGGAAGACAAAGGACGUAAAUUAGAGCAGGCAGUUUUACAACGUGAACAUAAUCGUUCAAUUGACGAUGCUAAAAAGAAAGCGGAAGAGUUAACUAUUGCUCUCAGAAGUAAAGAUGUAGGGAGUGAUCUUCGUAGUUGCAAAGAUCUUAUAAACAAGCAUCAUGUUCUUGAAUCUGAAAUUGCACUAUGGCAAGCAAAAAUAGAAGAACUGGUCUCUUCUGGAGAAGAAAUGGCUCAUGAAGGUCAUUUCAAUGCCAAAAACAUAAAAGAUGAGACGAAAGAAAUCCAAAAUCGUUUCAAGCUUCUACGUGGUCCUUUAGAAAAGCGUCGUGCUGAACUUGAAGAGUCCCUGAAUUAUCACAAAUUCGUCUUCGAGUUAGAUGCAGAGUUACAAUGGAUUAACGAUCAUACUCCGGCAGCUACUUCGAAAGAGAUUGGGCAAAAUCUUCAUCAAGCUCAAAGUUUAUUUAAAAAACAUAAAAAAUUAGAGGCGGAAAUUAAAGGUCAUCAGCCUAUGAUAAAUCGCGCUCUGCAAAGCGGUCAGGCACUAAUAGAUCAAAAACAUCCCGAAAAGAAAAAUGUUGAGCUUUUGUGCAAAAAAUUACAAGACAGCUGGGAUGAACUAAAUGAAAGUGCUAUUGACAGAGGUAAAAAACUUGAGAUGUCGCUUAAAUCUCAACAAUAUAUGUCAGAAGCAGGCGAAAUAGAAACCUGGCUCGGAGAGCGUAAUAAUGUUUUGCGUUCGACAGAUUAUGGCCGUGAUCGCGAUUCUGCUACAAAAUUAUUAACAAAACAUAAAGCUAUUGAGCUAGAGUUAGAUACAUAUUCUGGCAUUGUUUCCGAAAUGGGACAUAAUUGCGCGUCCAUGGUAUCUGCAUCUUUUCCAGAUAGUAAGGUAUUAGCUGCUAAACAACAGCUAAUUGAAAAGAUGUUAAAAUCGUUACAAAAAUUAGCUAAUCAAAGACAAAUGAACCUAAUGCAGAGCUUAUACAUGCAUGAAUAUUUCAUUGAAUCUGAUGAAGUCGAGCAAUGGAUCAAAGAACAAGAACAAACAGCAUCUUCAGAAGAUUAUGGACAGGAUUAUGAACAUUUGCAACUUCUUCAAAAUAAAUUUGAUGAUUUAAAACACAGUGUGGAGGUAGGUGCAGAUCGUGUCGAUCAGUGUGAAAUAUUAGCUAAGAAAUUGAGUGAAACAGAUAGUCCUUAUAUAAAUCAAGUAGAGAAAAGACAGGAUCAGCUUAGAAACGCGUGGGAAAAUCUACUUAAGUUUCUCAAUCAACGCGAACAAAAACUUCACGCUGCAGGUGAAAUACAUAGAUUCCAUAGAGAUGUAGCUGAAGCUUUAUUCCGAAUUCAAGAUAAGAACGCGGCCCUCUCCUCCGAAUUGGGGAAAGAUCUAAAUUCUGCAUUAGCAUUAUAUAGAAAACAUGAAGGAUUUGAAAAUGAUUUGGUUGCUCUAGAAGCCCAACUUCAAGUUUUGGUUGAGGAUUCUGUUCGCCUUCAGGCAAAAUAUCCUUCAAAUGGUAGUGCUAUUGCACAACAGCAAGAAAAAGUUGUUACGGCUUGGAACGAUCUGAAAGAAAGAUCCACCGCAAGAGCAGAUCGCUUAGCUGCAAGCUACGAUUUACAAACAUUCCUUACCGAAGUUAGAGAUAUUAUGUCGUGGUCUUCUAACUUAAGGGCUGCCCUCCAAGCUGAAGAGCAUGUAAGUGAUGCACCUGGAGCAACAGCUCUAAAAAUUCAACAUGAUGCUAUUUAUGGCGAAAUCGAGGCAAGAGAAGAAAAAUUCCGUUAUUUAAAUGAACUAAGUGAUUCAAUGGUGCAGACAGGCCAUUAUGCAGCUGCCGAAGUAGAAGACAAAUGUAAUGCAAUGCUGGAAGAACGACAAAAACUACAUGCGGCUUGGCAAAGAAAGAAAAUUUUAUUGGAACAAAAAAUUGACUUGUUUUGCUUUUUGCGGGAUGCCAAGCAAAUUGAUAACUUGUCAAGUACACAACAGGCGGCAUUAUCUAGCUCAGACUUUGGUCAAACUGUUGAAGAUGUGCAAAAUCAAAUCAAAAAACAUGAUGAGUUUGAACGUGUUAUUCAAACUCAAGAUGAAAAGGUCGCUCUCUUGCAAGAGCAUGGAAGAAAAUUGAUAGAACAACAUCACUAUGACAGCCCGAAUAUUCAGAAACGUCUCAAUGAAGUUUUAGUAAGAAGGCAAAAAGUGAAAGAAUUGUGUGAUAUUCGCAAGAGAAAGCUCGAAGACGCACUUUUAUAUGCACAGUUUCUUCGUGAUUGUGCUGAUGCUGAAUCAUGGAUUUCGGAGAAAAGAAAAAAAAUGGAAGCUGACGCUGCAAAUUAUUCUGAAGGCGCCAACCUAGAAGAAAAGAUAAAAAAAUUACAAAAACAACAAGCUUUUCAAGCAGAGGUGUCUGCAAAUCAAGGUCGUAUAAAAGAAAUUCAAGAUACAGGUCUGAUUUUAAUUAACAAAAAACACGAGUCAGCUCCUGAAAUAAAACAAGCUAUUGAAAAAGUUGUGAGCGCAUGGAAAUCUCUAAUUCAUGAACUAAACCAACGUGGAAGAGGGCUUGAAGAAGCCCAAGAUAUAUUAGAAUUUAAUAGCUUACUCGACAAGAUAGAAGCUUGGAUUCGCGAUAAAGAAAUGAUGAUUCAAGCGAACGAUUCUGGCAAAGAUUUAGAGCAUUGUAAUGCUUUGAGACGUAAAUUAGACGAUGUAGACUCUGAUAUGAGGGUAGAUGAUCAACGUCUGAAGCAAAUAAAUGUAUUAGCUGAUAAACUGAUCACUCAAGGACAGGUUCCCAACGAAACCAAAAGCGUUGAUAAACGGCGUCAUGACUUUAACAAUAAAUGGAAGGAGUUACAAGUAGCCUUAAAUGCUUAUCGAGCUCUUUUAGCUGGAGCCUACGAAAUACAUGUUUUUAAUAGAGAUGUAGAUGAUACUUCGGAACGCAUAAACGAAAAGGCGGUCUCAAUGGCGUCUAAUGAUACUGGUCGAGAUCUUACUGCCGUUGAAACUUUAAUAAGACGAGAAGAUGCACUUGAGCGGGAUAUGACUGCUGUGAAAAACAAAAUAAACGAGCAUGAACAAGAAGCCAUCAUAUUGAAAAAGAGAUAUUCUCCCAGGCAAGCUGAUAUUGAAAGAAAAAUGGAUGAAGUUAAGAAAUCUUGGAGUAACUUACAGAACCUAAGCGUAAAGCGAAGAGAAAUUCUCAACGAUGCAUAUAAAGUUCAUAAAUUUGUAUCUAAUGUUAAGGAAAUGGAACUAUGGGUAAAUGAUAUCAUAAAGAAAAUGAAUUCUGCCCCAAAUCCUGCAACGAUUUCUGAAUGUGAAUCACAGUUGGAGUUACACCAGGAACGAAAAGCUGAAAUUGAUGGCAGAGAAAAAGCUUUCGGUGACUUGAAAAGCUAUGGUGAAAGCCUAGUUGCUGCAAAUGAGUCUACAAAUGAUCUUACAAAACAAACUGAUGAAGUUGUCCAUUACUUACAAAUUCUUGAGGCUUUGCAUAAUACUGUUCAUGAAGCUUGGAAUGAUAGGGCAAAACAACUUAAAGAUGCUCAUCAGCUUCAGCUUUUCAAAUCGCAAGCUGAACAAGUGGAGACUUGGCUAGGUAAUAAAGAAGCCUUUCUCAAUAAUGACGAUUUGGGAGAUUCAUAUAAUGCUGUUGAACGGUUAAUAAAGAAACACGAAGCGUUUGAAAAAUUAUUAGAUUCAGAUAAUGUUGAGCAGCUGGAAAAAUUUGCUGUUUCCAUUCUUGAAAGUGACCCAGUAGAUGCAAUGCAAAUUAGAAUGCGUCUAAAAUCCAUUUUGGAACGGAAGAGAAAACUUUUAGAAUUAUCGGCAGAAAGAAAGCAAAAAUUAAAUCAAUCAAAGCAACAUCAACAAUUCCUGCGCAGUUUAUAUGAAAUAGAGAGAUGGAUCGUACAAAAAAUGCAAACUGCAGUAGACGAAAAUUAUCGAGACCCCACAAAUCUUCAGAGCAAGCUGCAAAAACAUUCAGCUUUCGAUGCAGAAUUAAUAACUAAUUCACCCCGGGUAAACGAUGUAAUAUGCGAAGGUGAAGCAUUGAUAAAAGCAGAUCAUUAUGCGAAAACUGAGAUAACUGAAAAUUUGGAAGCUUUAGAAACGGACUGGACGAAACUACAAAUUGCUUCAAAGGAAAAACGUGACAAACUACAACAAGCCUAUGAAGCAUUGAAAUUCAAUCGUAGUUUAGAUGAAUUUAAUAACUGGAUGGAUGAAGUUGAAUCACAUUUAUCUAGUGAAGACUAUGGUAAAGACUUGGCUGCAGUCAAUCAUUUGCUAAAAAAACAUGAAAGACUGGAGUCCGAUGUACAACAUCAUAAUGAAUUAUGUGAUCAAAUAAAGCAAAGUGAUGAAAAAUUCUUCCAAGCGAAUCAUUUCUUGAAAGAUGAAAUCCACGAGCGUGCAAUGACUUUAAUCAAGCGAUAUAAUACACUGCAUGAGCCGCUAGCCAUUAGACGUGAAAAUCUUGAAGAUUCAUUACUUCUUCAGCAAUUUUUACGAGAUUCAGAUGAAGAAUUACAAUGGCUUAAAGAUAAACAAGUGAUUGCUAGCUCAACAGAUUUGGGUUCAAGUGUAAUGGCAGUUCAAACACUUCAGAAAAAGCACCAAGCCUUGGAAGCUGAAAUGGUUUCACAAGAACCAUUAAUAAUAUCUUUGCUUCAAAGAGGUCAACAAAUGAUACAAGAAAACCAUUUUGCUAGUGAUCAGGUCAAAGCACAAUGUGACGGUUUACAACAAAACUUAAGAAAUUUAAGAGAUUUAAGUGGUAUUCGAAGAAUCCGUUUAUUAGACGCUGUUGAAAGUCAAAUGUUUUAUGCUGAAGCAAAUGAAGCUGAGACAUGGAUGAAAGAAAAGAGACCUAUGUUGGCUUCGCUAGAUUAUGGAAAAGAUGAAACUUCUGUAAUAUCGUAUCAAAGAAAACUAGAAGUAUUGCAACGCGAACUGAUUUCCUUUAAAGCUUCAAUUGAUAAAGUGGAUAAAUUAGCUAAUAGCUUAAUAGAACGAAAUCAUUUUGAUAGUGAAAACAUUGAAAAAAAAAAUAAAAAUGUUUCUAGUAAUUAUGAAGAAUUGCUUAAAUUCAGUAGUGAAAGAGAGCAUCGUCUUGUUGAAAGUAAGAAAUUUUAUGAAUAUUUAAGAGAAACGGAAGAUUUACAUGAAUGGAUAAAUGAUCAAAUGGCCAUAACGGCUUCAGAAGAUUAUGGUGAAGAUGUAGAACACGUCGAGCAACUUAUUUUAGCAUUUGAGUCUUUUGUCUCAAAUUUGUCGGCAAAUGAAGAAAGAGUACAAAAUUGUUUGACUAAAGGAGAAGCUUUGAUAAAAGAAAAUAAUCCUUAUAGGGCAACUAUUAAAACUAAAAAAGAUGAAACUAAGCAACUAUGGGAAGAGCUUAAAGAUCUAGUCAAUGCUCGGCAAGAAGCUUUAGCUGGAGCAAAACAGGUUCAUGUAUAUGAUAAAGCAGCUGAUGAAACAAUAUCUUUAAUCAGUGAAAAGGAAACAACUUUGAUGUCUCAAGAUUAUGGUCAAGACUUAGAUACUAUACAAGCUUUAAUUAGGAAACAUUCAGUAUUUGAAAGUGAAAUCACAGCAAUUAAAAAGCAGGUGGAAACUGUACUAGAAGAAGCGAAGAAGUUAGGGGAACAAUAUCCUGAUGCUAAGGAACAUAUUGAAGUAAAAAAAGAAGAAACCGUAGAAGCUUGGCAGGAUCUUUCUGAGAAAGUAGAAUUACGUAAAAACAAGCUUCAUCAGACCGAGCAAUUGCAGUCAUAUUUCGAUGAAUAUAGAGAGUUAAUAGCUUGGAUUAACGAAAUGUUGGCAAAAAUUACAGCACCGGAUUUGGCGAGAACUGUUGCUGGGGCUGAAGCCUUAUUAGCUAGUGUUAAAGAGCACACCGCAGAAAUCGGCUCUAGAGAUGAAGCUUUUGAUCGAUUUACUGCUAAUGGGCAAAAAUUAAUUUCUGAAAAACAUUUCUUAGCUCAUGAAAUUGAAGAUAAAAUUAGAAUUUUAGAUCAACGACAGGAGCUUCUGAUACGUACAUUACAACAACGGAAAGAAAUUUAUGAACUUAAUUUGGAUACUAGAAUUUUCUUAAAAGAUGCUGAAAUUUUAGAAAAUUGGAUUUCAAGCAGAGAAGCUCUUCUGAAGGAAACAAAACUAGGAGAAUCUAUACAGCAGGUUGAAGACCUGAUUCGUCGUCAUCAAGAUUUCGAAAAAACUAUUUCAGCGCAAGAUGACAAAUUCCAGGCUAUAAAGCGUAUAACGUUGUUAGAACAAAGAUUCCGAAAACAAUUGGAAGAAGAAAAAAUCGCUAAACGUUUGGAAAAAGAACGUUUAGAGAAAGAAAGAUUAGAAUCUUUGAAACAGAGGGAGCUUUUACGGCUUAAUGAAGAAAGACGUCGUACCGAGAAACUUCAUGAGCAGAAAAUAAAUGGAGUAGAAAAAACCCCGAUUUUUUCCACUCCAAUGGUAACUGUCACAUCUGUUUCGAUUGGAUCUAAUACUGGAUCACCCCUCCAACAAAGUGCUAGUGCCAGUGGAGUAUUUUCUUCACUUACAAAUACUAGACGUAGUUCAGGAGAUGCUAGUGUUAAACGUGCUGAGAGUAUGAAAACAGCUCCAAAACAACCGAAACGGACUCCAUCAUUUACCACACGGCGUAGAGCGCAAAGUUUCCGUAAAAAUCAACGUGGUGGAAAUUCAGAAAGUUUCGAUUUACCACCAGUUGAAAUUCAGGGUGUUUUAGAUCGGAAACAUGAACUCCAAUCGGGUGGUAAAAAAGCACCAGUCAGAUCUUGGAAAACGUUUCACACUGUUCUUUGCGGCCAACUUUUAUGCUUCUUUAAAGAUGAAAAUGAUUUCAUUCAACAAAAAACUGCGACGGCUCCUGUUAAUAUUUUAAAUGCUAAAUGUGAAAGAGCUGAAGAUUAUACAAAAAAGAAGCAUGUGUUUCGAUUAAAAUUGCCAGAUGGAGCUGAAUUUUUGUUUGAAGCCCCUACUGAUAGUUUGAUGAAUGAAUGGGUUAAGAAAAUAUCUUUUCAUGCUAGUCUUCCGCCUAAUUUACAACUUUUAAGUUACGAUGAAUCAGUUAAACAAGCAACUAGUUUCCCUGAUAUAAAAUCUCCCAUCCAAGAUCAUCUUGAAACUUCAUCACCAGUUAGUUCGCACACAUCUUCACCAGAUUCACAAAGACGUAGCUCUAGAAAUGAUUCAAUUGGCAGUGGCAUGUCGGGCGGUAGUAUGAAUACGCCGCAAAUGAAUUUUUUGCAAAAACAACAGCAACUCAUGCAACAAAAUAAUAAUUUACCCCCUAGUUCUGGUCAACAUCAACAACAACCAUCCUCACCAAAUGCUUCAAAUGCUUAUUCUGAUAAACCUCCAAUACCUCCUCGUGGAUAUAUGCCUCCACUUAUGCAACGCCAGAGUACUGAAAAUAUCGUCACUCUUAGAAGUCAAAGUAGUAGUGGAAGUGAUUUGACAGAUUCAAAUAGCAACUAUCAAAAUCCGCAGUCGGCAAAAAAUUAUUAUCCACAGCAAUCGGCGACAUUACCUUCGGGUUUAACUGGUAUUCAAAAUGGUUCUAAUGAAGAAAUAUGGAAACGCCAUAGUGAUAGUAAAUCAGAAAAUCCUCCACCGUUACCUGUUACAAAUCCACCUGUAUCGGGAAGUGGUAACGCCAAUCAUGGCAUGCAUAGAUUAAAUAGUUUUGGUACAACAGGUCCAAUGCAUGAUUAUCAUCAAUACCCGAUUUACGGCAAUCAAAAACAACAACAGCAACAUAAAAAUCAACACUAUUCUCAAAAUAGUGGUGGAGGACCAGCUCUUCACAUAAGACAACAACAGUCUAUACAAACUUCGGUGAAUAACAACAACAAUAAUAAUGGUAAUAAUAAUAAUAAUAAUGGAUCAAAUAAUCAAACAAGUGGAAGUCGAACUACUUGGCAUCAACAUUUUACAGAGUAUAGCAUGGUUAAUAACCCAAGCUAUGGCGGAACAUCAAAUUCUACGAUAACAAAUACGAUUAAUAAUAAUAAUAACAAUGACUUAACUGGAUGGGGACCAACACGUCAUGAUCCUGGUCGACCAAUUUCGUUGCAACAUGAUGGUACUUCGAUGUCAAGAGUGUCAGCUGAAAGUUCUAGCGAAUCUGAAGCACAAUCAAUUUCAUCGAUAUCCGGUGUUAAAGGAGGAGGAAAUCGGGACAGAAGAAGUGGAAUGUUUAGAAUUUUUACCCGUAAAGACAGAAACAAGAAACCAAGUCAACAGCCAAAUCAAUAAUAAUAAUUAUCAAAAUAAUAGUUAUAUUCAAAUAAAUAAUAAUAGUUAUAAUAUAAAUUGUAAUAAUAAUAUUGAUAAUUUUUUUAAAAAUGAUUGUUGUAGAAAGUACGACGAAGAAAUAUGGUUAUAAAACAAAUAUU